CCGCGCGGCUCAUUACGUUAAUAUUCAUGGUGAUGGUUUAUCAAAAUAUGCAAAUAAUUUCCAAUACAAUUGUACCUAUGCUAAGUGUUUAGUGAAAAAUAAUAUGAAUAUAAUUAAGUAGUUCAGUGACUUCGUUAGUGGAGUGUAAGUGCUUAUUUAGGUAUUUUAUUGUGUCUAUAGUAUAGAGCCUUGUGAAUUUGUGACCACAUAAAACCCGUUCAGUCUGUUCAAAACAUUUGGAUUUGGAAUAUUGGCCGAUGGAUGAUUAUAAAAGCUUUUUUGGGGAGAUGUUGGAGCUUUGGAAGCGUUCUCGUGUCUUGUCUAACUUCAGAUUUAAGUACUUAUGAUCCACUGUUCAGAAUAGAGUUGCCCCCACAAGAAAUGAACGAGACUAGAAGAAUCCUGAGAGGACGCGAUGUUGGUGACACGAGGCCGUAUAUGGUAUACAUGCGACCAGCACCAAACCCACAAAAUACAGAAGUCACGGUGGACGCUAACUGGUUAUGCGGCGGGGUCAUCAUUGACGAGCGGUACAUCCUGACUUCAGCAGCCUGCAUCGAGGACAUCAAACAUUUCUAUGUCGUCUCCGGGAUGAAAAGUUGGGUUCCGGCAUCUGACACUAAUAACGAAUGUAUAGUCAAUGGUGCGAAGAAAGCUGUAUGGAAGUGCGUACCAAAAAGUUAUGUAUUUGACGGUCACGAUUUCGACAACAUCCGCUGGAUGGCGAACGACAUUGCAGUUGUGAAAGUUGAAGACGAUUUCAACUUCAACCGGCGUGUUCGAGGAUGCGACUUUAUUCCUCAGAAGAUCGCUUAUAACAACCAGAGCGCUGACAUGGAGAAAGCUGGCUCGCUGGCGUCUAUUGCUGGUUGGGGUUCUACAGAUGCUUUCAGUGACAUUCUGGCUGGGGAUGCGAUAGUAAGGUCAGCUAAGAACUCGGAGACUCUGUUGGAGACAGAGGUGGUGUUACUAUCGAAGAAGAAUUGCAAGAAGCGCUGGCCGGAACGCUACCACCGCAUCAUCGAUGACUACAUGAUCUGCGGCAAAGAUGGGAUGGACACCGAAUCCAUGAGCAAAGCUUGCAGUGAACAAGAAGUAAAUUGCAAAGAGUUGACAUACUCCGAUGAAACAGAAGAUGAUUUGCGGAGGUCCGGGAUGAUAAUACAACCAGAUGACUUACAGCCUCUGGGAGGUCGGCGAUCCAAGCCCAUUUCCGGAGGGUUUUGUGAGAAUGACCACGGUGGACCAUUGGUAGUUGGUCACGGGAAGACAUCCACGGUGAUUGGUGUCAUGUCUGCAAGUCUCACCAGAGAGAAGACCAAUCAAUGCUACGGACCCUUCCUCUACACCAGCGUCUACAACAACCGACAUCUCAUCAGCUGCGCUAUCUAUAAGGAAAUGGGAGCGGCGUGCAGGAAACUACUAAGAGCGAGUCGAACUCAAAUCACUGAAACGUAUUUCUCCUGGAAAGCUCAUCCUGAUGGACCAUCAAAGGACAAAUUCAACGACAAGGGUCGAGAGCAAAUUGUCCUACGAGCUGAUGAUGAUGAUGAUGACAUCUUCAACGCAACUACCUUCAAAAUAAUACCAAUGAAUAGUACUGAAACCAAAGAAUAGUGGACGCA